CGGCAUGGUGUUUUCCGGUCAAAUGCCGUGCCGUGGUAUUAACUAGAGCGGAUUUCUAUUGCCAGUCACCGCUGAUUUUUUUUUAUCUUGGUUCUGCUUUGCAUGUUUGCUUUGUUAUGUUAGGGCUGGACCUGGAAUUGCAUCUCAAUAUCACAUCAGUAAUUAUCACAAGUUUGCAUAACCAACAAUUACAAUGGCACCAAUCAAGACAGUCCAGUAUUUUCGCGUCAAGCCACGAUGGCUAAUGGUCAAGAUCACCGACGAGGACGGAGAGUAUGGCUGGGGUGAGGCGACACUAGAAGGCCACGACCUGGCGGUGGAAGGGACGCUCGAGGAGAUGAUCCCGAGAUUGAUCGGCAUGGAGGCAGGUGACAUUGAAAACAUUUGGCAAAAAUUCUGGAGGCAUGGCUUCUACCGCGGCGGGCCCGUCUUCAUGUCUGCUCUGUCUGGUGUUGAUAUUGCCCUGUGGGAUCUCAAGGGUCGCACGCUCAAGGUCCCGAUAUACGAACUCCUCGGCGGUAAAGUGCGCAACAAGGUCCAGGUCUACUGCUGGAUCGGCGGCGACCGACCAUCAGACGUCGAGGCAGCCGCCAAGGUACGAAUAGCCCAAGGCCUCAAGUGCAUCAAGAUGAACGCAACCGAGGACGCCAACUGGGUCGACUCGCCAGCCGUGCUAGACUCGACGGUAGAAAGACUAAAGAUAGUCAAAUCUCUCGGGCUUGACGCCGGGCUCGACUUCCACGGGCGGCUCCACAAAGCCAUGGCCAAACAGCUAGCCAAGGCGUUGGAGCCGCACCGGCCGCUCUUCAUCGAGGAGCCGCUUCUCUGCGAGCACCCCGAGGCCCUCAAGCAGCUGUCCAACCAAACGACGUGCCCGAUCGCGUUCGGCGAGCGGCUGUACACGCGCUGGGACGUCAAGCGGUUUCUGGAAGACGCCAGCGUCGACAUCCUGCAGCCGGACCUGGCGCACGCCGGCGGCAUCAGCGAGACGCGCAGGAUCGCACAGAUGGCAGAGGCCUACGACGUCGCCAUCGCUCCGCACUGCCCGCUGGGCCCCGUCGCGUUUGCCGCCAGCAUGCAGAUCGCGCUGACGGCGCCGAACUUUGCCAUUCUCGAGAUGAGCCUUGGGAUGCACUACAAUACCGAGGCAGGUGAUAUCGAUCUGCUGACGUAUUUGAAGAAGCCCGAGGUGUUUGACAUCAAGGAGGGGUACGUGAUGGCACCGACUGGUUACGGGUUGGGUAUUGAGAUUGAUGAGGAAAUGGUGCGCAAGAUUGCGGUGGAUACAAAGCCGUGGCAGUGUAAGGAGUUUCACGGGCCGGAUGGUUCAAUUCGGGAGUGGUAGAGCGCUGGGGAUGUCUUUUCUGUUGAUAAAAGCUCUCAAAAGAGAAUUUUCAGCAGCGCAGUAUUUUGAACUGGAGAAAAGUUGGAAGAAAGGAAUACUUACUGCAGUGACGAAGAAAUAAAGCUCGACGAUAGCAAACUUUGGUAGUGGGGAACACUUGUAACUUUGUGGUAUCGGUAGCGGAACCUUUAGAUAAGGAAACUUAGAUAUCAAC